CCCAAGCACUUCUCCAAUUCCAUCUAUUAUCGUGUCCACCAUCGUCCCUUUACAGCCCGCCUUCUUUGCUCUCCACCUCCUUUCAUAUCAUUUUUCCUCACCUGUAUCAACAGUUUGAUAGACUGAUAGACUUGACUUCACGUCUUUCCACCUUCGUUUUCUUUCCUUCGCGCCUGGCUCGUCUUGCCCAUCUCCGCAUACGCAGCGCCCGCCCUUGCCUUCUCGACCUCUCGAAGCCCCCAAUCAUCCUAUCAACCACCCUCUCUCACCUUGUUCUUCCAACCUACAUCCCUUCCUAGAGUAAACCUCCUCUAUCCCAUUCUCAGUCAUGGCGACUGUCACAGAAGCGGUCAAGGAGUCCUUAUUAGGAUCUACCGCACCGGAUAAUCUCUCCACCGAAUCACGCGCAACGUUCCUCAAGCAUGCAACGCCCUCCGAUGACGGUGUCUUGUACAUGACCGAAGAGGACUUUAUCAAUGCUAUUGCUCCUCCAGAAGAAGAUUAUCACAAAAUCAAACGAGAACAAUAUGGCAUCCUCUUUGGAGUCGCCGACCGCCACAAGCGAGGAAAAGUCACAAUGUCCGAGUGGGCUGCUUUUGACAAUCUGCUUGCCAAAUCCGAUGCAGAGUAUGAGAUUGCCUUCCGUCUCUUUGACGUCGACGGCACCGGCUCCAUCAAAUCAGACACCUUUCAGAAGAUCUACGAACAGAACCGCGGCCAGGACAGCAUCCCCUUUGACUUCAACUCAGAGUGGGCUUCUCUCUACAUCGGUGGAAAGCAAAAGAGACACGAAAUGACAUACCCUCAGUUUGCCCAGAUGAUGCGAGGUUUGCAGGGUGAGCGCAUCCGUCAAGCCUUCCACCUUUACGACAAGGACAAGGACGGCUACAUCGACCCUGAGGAUUUUGAACGCAUUAUUCGAGCAACCGCGGGUCACAAGUUGUCCGACCAUCUCCUCGAGAAUCUUCCCACCUUAUGCAACAUUUCCACGGGUACCAAAAUCUCCUAUGCCAAUGUCCGCGCCUUCCAGAAUGUCAUCCGUGAGAUGGAUCUCCUCGAUCUCAUCAUUCGCAAUGCCACUGCCAAGGCUGCCGAUGGCAGGAUUGACCGGACUGACUUCCUCAAUGAGGCCGCCAGAUUGACCCGUUUCUCCCUCUACACUCCCAUGGAAGCCGACAUCCUCUUCCACUUUGCCGGCCUCGAUUCUCCUUCGGGAAGAUUGGCCCUUGACGACUUUGCAAAGGUCCUCGACGCAAGCUACCAAUCCGCCGGUGCCAAACUUGGUGCCAUCUCCGACGUCGCGGACCGAGCUGUCAGCAAGUCUCAACAGUUCUUCCACAGCCUUCUUGAGUCCGCCCACCAUUUUGGUCUGGGCAGCGUCGCAGGUGCCUUUGGUGCCUUUAUGGUCUACCCCAUCGAUCUGGUCAAGACCCGAAUGCAGAACCAGAGAAGUGUGAGACCCGGCGAGCGACUCUACGAGAACUCAAUCGAUUGUGCCCGCAAGGUCAUCAAGAAUGAAGGCUUCCGUGGUCUGUAUUCCGGUGUUCUGCCUCAGCUCGUCGGUGUGGCGCCAGAAAAGGCGAUCAAGCUCACUGUAAACGACCUGGUUCGAGGCCACUUUACAGACAAGCAGACUGGCUCCAUCCGCCUUUCCGCAGAGAUCCUGGCUGGUGCUUCUGCCGGUGGCUGUCAAGUGGUCUUCACCAACCCCCUUGAAAUCGUCAAGAUUCGUCUACAAGUCCAAGGUGAAUUGGCCAAGAAGGCCGACGUUCCCAAGCGUAGCGCAAUGUGGAUCGUUCGCAAUCUUGGUAUUAUCGGUCUCUACAAGGGUGUCACGGCUUGUCUGCUCCGUGACGUUCCUUUCUCCGCCAUCUACUUCCCCACCUACUCCCAUCUGAAGAAAGACAUGUUUGGCGAAUCCCCAACCAAGAAGCUCGGCGUCGUCCAGCUCCUGACCGCAGGUGCCAUCGCCGGCAUGCCAGCCGCCUAUCUCACCACCCCGUGUGACGUGGUCAAGACAAGAUUGCAAGUUGAGGCUCGAAAGGGCGAUGCCACAUACAACGGAUUGAUCGAUUGUGCCAAGAAGGUCUACCGUGACGAAGGCUUCAAGGCUUUUUUCAAAGGUGGACCGGCUCGUAUCCUCCGGUCUUCGCCACAGUUCGGCUUCACUCUCGCCGCCUACGAGGUUCUAAGCACCCUUCUCCCCUUCCCAGGCUCUGAAGAGUCCGAGUUGCAAAAGUCUACUGCGGGCAGGAUGGAACCUGGCGUGGGUCUUAGAGAGGCUAAGGCUCCUCUCCCAUACCUUAGGUCAAGAAAUGCCCUGAAGAUUUUGUUGGAUCUCGACAACAAUUUCGGCAGGGUAAGACUUCCACAGGGCCUUGGUGAAGGCAGGGUGUGGAAGGGCUUGCCUGGGUUUGGCAAAUCAUAACUGACCGCGCUAAAUUGAGUUAUGCGGGAUGGCAUCUGUUUCAUAUCAGCCAUCAUGAUCGGCGUUGAGGGGCUUCAAUCUUGAGCACGGUAUGAUCAGGUCAGAUCACGUCACAAAGCAAGAUUGCAGCCGAUUUUCCCGCGAAGUCCCGCGGCCUUGAGAUUUUUGCAUGUUGCAUAGCAUACGCAUGAGCGGUGGAACCGGUUCAAUGGUCGAUGGCUUCUGCUUUUCACCUGGAUGGAACAGCGGUGCACAUAAUGAACCCAUAAGUGUGAAUGCUCAUUCUAAGUAGUCGUUUAGCCCAUCCUCAACCCUUCACAGCAUAUCAUUUCAAGGCAUGUGAAGGGAGACACAACCAAAAAUGCAAGACUGCGAUGAUUUGCGG